AUGCUAAGAAGCUUAGUUCAGCUUACCAAACCAACUACACUUGUUAACAUUAACAAUUCUACUCGGCUUAUAUCCAAGAAAAACUACAAAUUUCCAGAGUUAUUGGAAUCUGAUUUGGAGGAAAGUUUUGUGAGAGGAAGUGGUUCAGGUGGACAGAAAAUAAACAAAACUAAUAGUAAUGUUGUUUUAAAGCAUAAACCAACUGGAAUAGUCAUAUCGUGCCAAGAUAGUAGACUCCAAAACGAAAACCGUGUAUUCGCAAGGCAAAGAUUAAAAGAAAAAUUAGAUUAUUUGUAUAAUGGUGAAAACAGUUAUUUUGCUUUGAAAAAGGCUGAGAAUAACAAACAGAGAGCAUCAACUAAAAGUAAAAAUCAGAAGAAAAGAGAAUUGAAAUCGGCUUUUCAUGAAAGAGAAGGGCUGGACUAA